ACUUGUAAAGAGGGUUUUUGGUGGCAUUGCCGGCGAUACAGGUAUGUUUUUCUCGUUCUCUCUUCUUCCUGUGAGAAUGCUGGUGAAAUGCGUCCCGAGCCAAAGAUUCCUAGCUUUCCUGAAGAGCCCAAGAGUCCCCAUUUGCUGCUCCACGAAUCAAAGAGGCUUCACGUCUCUGCCCAAGCCCUUGAGCGAGUUUGGCCGGGAUCUAGCGGAGGCAGUCAGAGACGAGGCAGCUGAGAAGCAUCGAGCUGUAAAAGACAGGGCUCCAUCAGAAGGCUCAAUUGCAAACUUCCGAGUCUUCACCAUGGGUUCUUCAUUGGCAUUUGUAUGGAAAAGUCCGGGUUUACACUUGUCUUUGUCUUGUCUCGAGAGUCUGGCGUCUAAAGGAAUUGAAUUUAGAAAAGAAGGAAGGCGGGCCUAUACACUCAGAAGCUAGGCUCGUGGGAUAACACGGGCUAUCAAAAAAAUAUCGGAACUCACUAUGUUCGACAUUUGGAUCCUGAUGCUCCAACUCCAGGUUGCAUCCCGAAGAUCAGAAACUGGAACAUAAUCUUUGAGAGAUGUGCGGAAUCUCAUCCGAGCUGGAAGAAACGCAGAGGCGCAGGACCUGUGUCCAACAGGGAUUGCUCUUCGUUGCUCAGCUACAUGAAACAAAUGUUUCUAGACAUCUUAAGCAAGCAGUGUUCUAAAACUUUUUUCGUUUUUCUUGUGAUACUAGAGGAGAGAAGCCAACUUCAAAACAAGAUAAAGCACUCGCACUGCUCAAAUCCAAGCUCCUGGCGUGGAGAGCUGGCUGCAUGACUGCUCAUUCAACGAGCGCGCUUUAGACGCUACAGAGCUUGAUGGAGGAAGGAGGAUAUGGAAGUGGGCUUGCUUUUGUGCUUCCGAG